CUAGAUAUCAGAGAAUCAAUAGCGGAACCUAAGCUUGGCAUUUAGCUUUUCUCUAUUCUUUUGCUUUCUUGGUAAUACAUAUAUAAUGGCAAUCUUCACUUGCCUGGCUAUGUUUUUGGCUGGAAAGAAGAAGAAAAAUAUGAAGCGUAGUGGCGAUGGUGAAUUUCAUAUUAAGACAAAUAAUAUUUCCAGCUCUUCCACCAAAGAUGGCAUCCAGGGUCUCCAUUUUGCAGCCUCAGAGUCGUUCUCUGCUCUGGAGGAAAGAUCUUCUUUAGUUCCUAAUGUACCGAGUAAUGAUAGGUUGGCCAGAGCUGAGUCUGCAGGAGAUGUAACUUAUGAGAGGGGUGAUGAGCAUGAUGAGAUUCAAUCGAUGAAGAGAGAUUACUCUGACUUUGACCUGCAAGGCAAUGGGGAGUUUGGCUCCCAUGGAUCAAACUUCAAGAUGCAAACAAAUGAAGGGAUCACUCCUGGGACAACAAUGUUUGCAAGAGGUCAUGUGAGUGAUCCUGGGAUGGAGCAGUCAGUUUGCUUGGCAUCACUGGUCCUUAAGCGGUCAUGUUCAAAUAUUGAGAUCAAGAGAGCCUAUAAGUCAUUGAACUCAUCAAAGAGCUUCCAUUCGUGUAGCGAGCUCAAAAACUUGUCUAGAAAUUGCAUAGGACAAUUUACCUAUGAGACUCAUAGCAGCCCAUUAUCUGUUAAGACCUCCUGUAGCGCAGAUUAUGUGAUCCUAAAGAAACGUUCUUCCUGCCAAGUACUUCCCUCUAGAUGCAGGAAAAUCUGGUGGAAGUUCUUCCUUUGGAGCCACACGAAUCUUCGAAAGCCUAAUGCUCCUCAAAAACUAGCUUUUGCUCUCACUAAUGCUAAUCAAAAGUUUGGGUACUCAUCCGAUACACAUGAACUUGUCCAGAAGCUUGAUAAGCCGAAGAAAUCAUUAGAAUCUAAUAACCAGUGGUUUGCAUUCUCCUUGCAAUCUUCUUCACCUCAGGAUAGAGUCUAUGAUUGGGUAAACAGCAUUGAUGAUCGCAUAUUCUGUCCUAUUGAUGAUGAAGAAACUUGCAGUGGAAAGGAAGAUGAAUGGACUGCUGGCCCUCGUUAUAUGGAGAUAGGGGAAUCCUCUUGGAAGAAUCAUUCACAAACCACCUUAUGCGCAGAGGAAGAGGUGAACCAGGCUAAAAAUAUUAUCCAGUCCUUGAAGAAUUCAUUCUCUUCUGUGGCUCAUAUCUCUGGCAUGGGAUUGAAGGUUAUUCCUUCCAUCUCAGCCUUUGGAAACCUUAGAUCUGUUUCUCUUUCUGGAAACUCCAUAGCUCAUAUAACUCCAGGGUGUCUUCCAAAACACAUUCACAGUCUUGAUUUAUCUCGGAACAAGAUAUCAGCAAUUGAAGGCCUCAGGGACCUCACAAGAUUAAGGGUUCUUAACCUUAGCUAUAACCGAAUCUCAAGAAUAGGCCAUGGACUAUCUAAUUGCACUGUCAUCAAAGAGCUGAACCUUGCUGGUAAUAAGAUUAGUGAUGUUGAGGGUCUUCACAGACUUCUAAAGCUCACAGGGCUAGACCUCAGCUUCAACAAGAUCACAACAACAAAGGCCUUUGGCCAGCUUGUUGCAAACUAUAAUUCCCUUUUGUCUCUUAAUCUCAUCGGCAAUUCAAUACAGAGCAACUUAGGGGAAGAUCAGAUCAGAAAAGCAGUUCUGAGUAUACUCCCUCGUCUCAGUUAUUUCAACAAGCAGCCAAUCAAACAUAGAGUGAGGGAGGUUGGGGCAAACAUGGUAGCUACGACUGCCAUUGGAGAUGGAAGAUGGAGCUCUCAAAGGAGACCAAUGAGACGGUUGGCCCAAGGCUUGGGCUCUACAACUAAGAGCAAGAUUAGAGAGGGGUCUCCUAAGGGAAGGAAGAACCAGUCAAUGAAGCUUCAAGUGGAGUUUUAUGAUUGAUGUUGAGGAUUUCUGGUAAGAAUAAUCCUUCUAUUGAAUAAAUCAACAGAGAUUGUUGGAAUCUAUGUUUUUUUCUGGUGAUAUGUGUGGUGGGGUGUUUUCAAAUUUGAGAUUGAAAGAGAUUUACGAGGGGAGUAAGAAAAUAUAGGUGGAAUUGCUUACUUAGGUUUUGUUUGGGACGAUUUUUUUAUUGCUUUUUAAAACAAUUUUCUAGUAUAAAAGUUAAAAUUUGUGUACUCAAAAGCUGUUUUAAGAAGCAGUAAGAAAGCCGUCUCAAACGAAGCCUUACAACUUCAUCCUGAUGAACCUGCAACUUGCUCUUAGAGAUGCGGAUUUUAUGUUAUUUUUUGUCAAAUUGUAUGCUAAUAACCAUUGUUUAGUUUCUCCAUAGUUUUGGACAAAAUAUCUGACCCUUGAAAGCAAUUCAGGUUUGUUCCUCGUUAGUUUA